UAUUUUCCACCUGAAAGUUGACAGAUAUUAUCUGCCCAGCCGUGGUCGCAUGUAUAAAUAGUCUUAUCUGCUCCCUUUGAGAUUUCGGCACCUAGAAUUCCUGACCCUUCUUGUUACUUAGAAAGGAAAAUGUCUCGGAGCUUUCCUGGUGGCGCCACCAGAGGGAGCUCAGGAGCCGGGGAAAAGGAGCGGCGGAAGUGGCUGCCCCGCUUUCUCCUUUCGUCGUCUUCGCCAGCACUGAGCUUCCGGGGUCAAGCGCGGUGGCAUGAUGCGGGGUUUCCCCGGGUGCCUCCCCCGCCUGGGAUGACGCUGCCUUGGUUCUUGUUCCUCCUGCGCAUGCUCAGAGGAGCAAGCGGCUCCCGCUGGACCCAGAAGGAUGGAGAUGGCGUCCUUAACUCCCGGAGGAGUGGGAGCAACUGCAGCCGGCUUGAAAGUGAGCGAACUCCCCCAAAGAGUUCAGGAAAGUCCGUCUCCCACGUGGUUGUUCAGCAGAGCAUGUGCGGAUGCGGAUAUAUGAACCAUGCAAACAGGCGGCAGGCAGAAAACCAACAGGCGAAGCUUUCCCACCACCUCUUCUUCCUCCUUUCUUCCCUCUCUUUCCCACUCGUUCCUCCAGCUUAUUUUUUCGAAGUGGGCGUUGACCCACUUUCCCUUAAAAAACGGCUUCUGCGGCUUUCCACAGCUGCACAACGCUUAUGGAAACUUGGUGGCCUUCUGCUCUAUUUCCAUGCAGGAAAGCCGCUGCACCUGCUGAAUGCCUGCCUGCCAAGCAGCUGUUAAUGGCACAGGAGUGAGUGGGCAGUCGGGCAUGGAUUAGAUCUUUCGGAGCAUUGUUGGAAGAGGAGCUGUGUUCUCCCUUUUUUUGUGUACAUAUGUUAAAUUUUACAAUUUAAAGUACUCAUAUUUACAUCCUUAAGAUAUCAAUGACUUUCCUUCUUCUCUUUCCAUGGUUCAUUUUACAUAUCAUAAAUCCCUGCAUGUUUUACAGAAACUAUACCAUUCAGUAUUCCAUUAUGACAUCCAUCAUAACUUAUUUACACUGUUGAAUUUAAAUUAACAUUCUGGUUGCAUUCAAGCCAAGGGCCCAUCUUGCCCAGCAUCUGGUUCUCACAGUGGCCUUUUGGGAAACUCUCAAGCAGGUUCUUGGUGCAACAGUCAUAGAAUUGUAGAGUUGGAAGGGAUGAGGCCCUUAGGGACUGCCCCCGUCACAGCCUCUGGCAGAGAGCCGGUGGAGCCAUCCGGAACUCCAUUUGAGAGUUGCUUUCUCUUUGCCGCAGGUGAUGUUUGAGGAUGUGGCUGUAUAUUUCUCCCUGGCCGAGUGGGCGGAGCUAGCCAAAUGGCAGAAGGACCUCUACCGGGCUGUGAUGGUGGACAACUAUGAAGCGGUCACAUCUCUGGGUAAGGAUCUCCCUUGCUUGGGUGUGUGUGUGUGUGUCCUGUGGUGUUCCAGAGAGUCUGGAAGCAGCAGAGAAAUAAUGCUGGUGCCAAGGUUUGCAGAGGGGAGAGCACCUCUUUGUUGAACUGACCUUGGAGGCAAACGUAAGGUUUUGCAAUCUGCAAAUUGUAGUACAGGCACCAGUCUGAAACGUUUUGUUUGAACCAGCAUUUCCUCAACUUGGUGCCCACAUAAGAGCAUCAGAAAAGCUUGUGCCGCCAGUUAAGGCCAAAGAUGUUGUCACCAGAUGCCCCGAUGGGACGCCUGCAAGCAGUGCAACAGCAGCAACUCUCCCCAUUUGCAAUUUUAUUUAUUUGCAUUUAUUUCCCUUCUUUUUCUCCAAGGAGCUCAAGGUGGCCCUGUGGUUCUCCACCCCCACCCCCUUUAAUCCCCACAACACCACUGCGAGGCAGGCUAGGCUGAGAGGCAGCCGCUGCCUCUAGGUCACGCAGUGAGCCCCCUGGCCGAGUGGGAACCCAAACCUCAGUCUCCCAGGUCCUAGUCCAGCACUCUAACCACUCGUGCACCACACUGGUUCUCAAUUCCCUGCAACCCAUAUUCAAAAGCACUGCUGCUUCCAAGUGUGGAGGAGGAACAUAGCCAUCAUAGCCAAGAGCCGUAAGCACUCCAAUCUGGGGGCAACCCAAUUCAUGCACCUUGCGAGCCCUUCUUGAAUCCCAGGAAAAUGCAGCUGGUGUGUUUGUGGUUUGCUGUUGCUGCUCCCUUAACCCAGCCACGAAAGGGAAACGGAAACAUGCAUCUCUGGCUAUCGGCUUCCUGGCUGGAUGUGUGAGUGAGCAGCAGUGCCUCCCCUCUUCCCUCCAGCAGCACGCCCCCCAGAAUCAGCCUAGCCUGCAUGCUUGGCUUAGUCUGAGUUCUUACAAACGUGUAACGGGUAUUACUACUACUUCUUGUUUAUUUAUUUUAUGAAUCUCUUUCCACGUGCAUCUUUAUUUUAUUUUAUGAAUCUCUUUCCACGUUUAGCCUGGAGAAGAGGAGGUUAAGGGGUGAUAUGAUAGCCAUGUUCAAAUAUAUAAAAGGAUGUCACAUAGAGGAGGGAGAAAGGUUGUUUUCUGCUGCUCCAGAGAAGCGGACACGGAGCAAUGGAUCCAAACUACAAGAAAGAAGAUUCCACCUAAACAUUAGGAAGAACUUCCUGACAGUAAGAGCUGUUUGACAGUGGAAUUUGCUGCCAAGGAGUGUGGUGGAGUCUCCUUCUUUGGAGGUCUUUAAGCAGAGGCUUGUCAGGAAUGCUCUGAUGGUGUUUCCUGCUUGGCAGGGGGUUGGACUCGAUGGCCCUUGUGGUCUCUUCCAACUCUAUGAUUCUAUGAUCUCAAGGCAGCUUACAAAUAAGUAAUAGAAACCAGCUAGAAAUUGUUUUCAAAAUUAUACAACCCCCUCCUUAAAGUAGAGACUUUGUGUCACUAGAGCUGGAAAAGCAGAGGGUGGGAGUCUUCAGAUGUUUCAGGAAAGUGCAGCUAGGAGGUGCCUUGUCAACAUCUCAAGGGGGAUGCUGUUCCAUAGACCAGGGGCAGCCACGGCAAAGGCCCUGCUCUGAGGUUUUUGUGGCACGUGUUUCUGUAGCGGCUUGGAAGAGACACUCUUCUGCAGAACACAGUGACCUGCUGGGUGUUAUAAGGGACAGGAACAAUUUUCUGCCAUCGCGCUUGGACGACGUAUUUGUAAGGGAGGUGCGGUAUCCUAGUGUGGUACAGUGGCUAGAGUGUUGGUCUGAGAUUCCCCACUCAGUCACGAAGCCCCCUGGGUGACCUUAGGGCCACUGUGAGGAUGGAAUGGGGAGGAGGGGACCCUGGCACGCCACCCUCAGCUGGUACAUAAAUGUAAGAAACGAGUAAUGAGCAAAGUUGCUGUCCUCUGCUCCCUCAACAGGGCACCUGUCCAUCAAACCGGAGCUCAUCUGCAAAAUAGAGCGCAAAGAGGAGCCGUGGAUGGAGGAAUCCCUGGAGCCCCUCAAAUGGAAGAGACCUUGGUUGGGUGAGUUGAUUUAAGGGGUGGUGGUUUUUGCCUUCCUCAGCCCUUCAAGGGUUCCCCGUUAACUGGUUCUUACCAGUGUUGUGAUCAGGCCUCACUCUUGUGUAUGUGAUGCUGGCCUCGCCGGUAAUGGAUAACAGACAUUCCACCUCUCUUGCUCUGACUGGCAACAUCUUAGGACAUGGACUAGGACUUGGGGGGGCCCAGGUUCAGAUCCCCCCUCCCCAUUCACUGAUGAAAUCUACUGGGCAGAUUUGAGGCAAUUGAGUUCUCUCACCCCCACCUACCUCGCAGGGUAGUUGUUGUGAGGGUAACAUGGGAGGACGGGCCACAUACGUAAUCACAGAAACUAAGUAGUUUUAUGCAGUAGGGUAAUUCCAAUCCAUCCUUUAGGCCAGUAGUUCUCAAAGGCAGGAGAGGAUGGCAAAUGUGGUGGGAAGAGUCAAGGACAGUCAAAGAAACAUUUACACAUUUCAGUCUAGUCUAGUCCCAAAAUAUUUUGUUGUUGUUUGUAGAAUAUGGAUCUCUUUUCAAAAUGAGAGCCAAGAGCAUCAAGCGAUACUGCAAGCUCACACUUCUCAUUGAGUUUGUAUACAUACUUAAGGUACAUCUGUACAGUGGUGCCUCAGGUUACAUACGCUUCAGGUUAGACUCCGCUAACCCAGAAAUAGUACCUCAAGUUAAGAACUUUGCUUCAGGAUGAGAACAGAAAUUGUGCUACAGAAAUCACAUGGUGGCAGCAGGAGGCCUCAUUAGCUUAAGUGGUGCUUCAGGUUAAGAACAGUUUCAGGUUAAGAACAGACCUCUGGAAUGAAUUAAGUACUUAACCUGAGGUACCACUGUACCUUAUAGGCUCGUUUAUAAUCAUAUUUUGGCAAUGAUUUGUGUUUUUAUGUAGCUGCAUUGUUUUAUACUUUCUGGACACCCCAUGAUCAUAUUGUUGAGUUGUGUUCUAUGCUAUAAAUAAAGCACUGCUAGGAGCUUUUUCUUUUUGUUUGCCACUGCAUCUCUUAUCAAUAAUAAAAAAAAAUCAGUGUUGUGCGAGCAAAUGUUCAUUUCCGAAAGCAGUGGUUCUCAAAAAAGUUUUGAGAACCGCUGCUUUAGCUGUCAUGACUAAUGGGUCAUUGGCAGGCCACCCUCUGUGAAUUUACCUUUUAAAAAAGCUAGUGGCUUUUUUUCUGGACGGCUACAGGUUCCCCAGCCCUGGGUUAGAGCAGUAUCUUCUCUAAAGCUUUUAAUUUUUCCCUGCAGUCCUCAGGCUGAGUAACAACAUGAAGCAGAAUUCUCAUCAGGAAGUUUCCAGGAUGAUGACACUGCAGAAUCCUGAGCCGGGAGAGACUUUGAAGAGCUGCUUGCCUCGUAGAUCGGUGAGGCGAAUAAAUGUGGAGAGAUUCACAGAGUACUGCCAAGGUUUUAAGACUUGGAAAGGACCCAGAGUCCAUCAGGACCAAGGUGGAAGUAGGAACGCACACGCCGUCUGCGGGCAGAACAGCCGGAAGCAUCUGAGACCCAAGGCAGACGAGAGCCAGGGCCUUUGGAAGUGCCCCGAUUGCGGGAAAGGACUCUCCAAUCAAAACGCAUUCAAAAGGCACCAGAAAUUCCACACGGGUGAGAAGCCCUACCAAUGUCUAGAGUGUGGGAAAAGCUUCAUGGAGAGCAGCCACCUCACUCAGCACCAGAAGAUCCACACGGGUGAGAAACCCUACACGUGUUUGGACUGCGGGAAAAGCUUCACUCAGAUCUCGCACUUCAUUCACCACCGGAGGAGCCACACGGGAGAGAAGCCCUACGGCUGCCCCGAGUGCGGGAAAAGCUUCAACUUCAAGUCGGCUCUGAUUCGCCACCACCGGAUUCACACGGGAGAGAAGCCGUACGAGUGCCCCGCGUGCAGGAAAAGAUUCAACGUCAGCUCCCACCUGGUAAGGCACCAGAGGAAGCACCUCAAAGAGGCAGCGCUCGAAGCCGUAGAGGGCUUCAGAGGAAACCCGGUCUUUCUCAGGCGCUGCGGAGCACCACGGCCGUACGACUGCAUGAACUGCGAGAAAGGUUUUUUCCGGAGCGGAGACCUCGUGAGACACCAGAGGAUCCACACGGGAGAGAGACCCUAUCUGUGUAGCAAAUGCGGGAAGGGCUUCAGCUACAAAUCCAGCCGCCUGAGGCACGAGGCAGGACACAUACGAGGAGUUGCCCUGAAGUGCUAGAUUUCCCGAAGUCGAGAGGAGCUCUCCAGCUUUGGUGAUGGGAUUCCCAAGAAUGCGGCGUGCAGAGACUUUCCUGCAUACAAGCAAAGCAGCAAAGGAAUUCUGCAAUGUCAACAUUCUGCAAUCAGAAUGAAUUCCGCAACCAAAAAACGGACAGUCUUUUUCCGAAGUGCACUUAAUUUGCACACCUUGUUCUUUCUGCACAUGUUUGUUACUGAGAAUUUUUGUAGAGAAUUUGCCUCUACAGUGGUACCUCGGGUUACAUACGCUUCAGGUUACAUACGCUUCAGGUUACAGACUCCGCUAACCCAGAAAUAGUGCUUCAGGUUAAGAAUUUUGCUUCAGGAUAAGAACAGAAAUCAUGCUCCAGUGGCGCGGCAGUAGCAGGAGGCCCCAUUAGCUAAAGUGGUGCUUCAGGUUAAGAACAGUUUCAGGUUAAGUACGGACCUCCGGAAUGAAUUAUGUACUUAACCCGAGGCACCACUGUAUAUCAAACUCCUUGUUUUGUUUUGCAUUGUUUUGGUAUGUUACAAAUUAAGCUUUGGGAAUGUACACAGGGUUGGAAAGGAGACUGCGAUUCUUGUAACAGAUAUGAAGAACCCUGCCCUGCCUCCACCCAAUCCCAGCUGCAAAUAAAAAGAGGUGCAGUUAAGACUGCCUGCUGUUGACUUGGAAAUGGCACACAUUUCUUGGAAGGUCACAAAGAUUCUGUGAUACUGAAGUGUCCCUUGAACCAGGCAAAGCUAUACAGGCAGAGGGCCUUCUCAGUAGUGGCGCCUGCCCUGUGGAACGCCCUCCCAUCAGAUGGCAAGGAAAUAAACAACUAUCUUGACUUUUAGAAGACAUCUGAAGGCAGCCCUGUUUAGGGAAGUUUUUAAUGUCUGAUGUUUUACCUUGUUUUUAAUACUCUGUUGAAACCCAGCCAGGUGGGCAGGGCAUGAAUAAAUUAUUAUUAUUAUUAUUAUUAUUAUUAUUAUUAUUAUUAUACAGUCCCCAGCAGCUCUCCCUCCCCUUCUGUAUGUUAUAACAACACCUUGAACUUUGUAGCGAUCCAGUUGUGAACCCAACUAGAAACUUGGGGUGUAGAAAGUUCAGCUAAAGCAGGAUCCUGAAGCAGAGAUUUUCAGAUUCUCUCCCUCUCUUUAAUGUGAGAGCGAUUCCUGCCCAACUCCGCUCAGGAGUCAAGACAACAGAGAUGGUCAGUUCAGUUGGCCUUGUUUGUCCUUACCCCAAGCUUGGGGCGCAGGGGUUACAGUCCAAAACAACUAGAAGGCACCAGAUUGGAUAAAUUUGCAGUAAUUGGUAAGCAAACUACGUAAGCCUGCAAGAGACGAUGCGGGGAAAUAAAAACCCUCUCCUGUCGGAGCUCAGAUUUGUAAAUAAAAUCUGAAACACAGCAGACACAGACAACCAUUGGGACUAAGUGCGCAUGGUUGGCUACAGGGGAGGAAGCAGGAUCCUUGCCACUCUUAACUGUUGCCUUUUUGAAGCGCACUAUGGGGACGCGGGUGGCGCUGUGGGUUAAACCAGAGCCUAGGACUUGCCGAUCAGAAGGUCAGCGGUUCGAAUCCCCGCGACGGGGUGAGCUCCCGUUGCUCGGUCCCAGCUCCUGCCCACCUAGCAGUUCGAAAGCACGUCAAAGUACA